AUCUGGACUUUCCUAGACGUUCUGGACAGAAACUCCUCCUUCCAAAGGCAGAAGGAGAUUCAUCGGAACCUCCAUCUGUGCUCCAUCCUUCAUGGGUGAGGUAUAAAAGCAGCUGGGUGUUGGAGGCCGGUAUCCGCCGGCAGACGUCUGACCAUGGAGAUGCUGCUCGUCCUCCUCCUGCUCCCGGUGCUGGGAAGCUGCUCGGACCUCCUCCUGCCUUUGGACUGCAGCGACAUCCACAACCAGCCCAGUGGAGUCUACACCAUCUACCCCAUUGGGGCAACUUCUGCCAUCCAGGUGUACUGUGACAUGGACUCUCUGGGAGGAAAGUGGACGGCGUUCCAGCGCAGGACAGACGGCUCGGUGAACUUCUACCGGCCCUGGGACCAGUACCGGCUGGGCUUUGGGUUUGCAGCAGGAGAGUACUGGCUCGGUCUGGAGAACAUUUUCCAUCUGACUCAGAGAAGAAAGAGCGAGCUGCUGAUCGACAUGGAGGACUUUGAAGGAAACAAGUCGUAUGCUCGAUACUCUUCCUUCUCCGUCGGCUCAGAGUCUGACGGCUACAGACUGCACCUGACCGGGUUCAUUGAUGGAGGGGCGGGAGAUUCUUUCAAACUCAUCAAUGGGAUGAAGUUCUCCACCUUUGACAAAGACCAGGACACCUGGGAGGGGAACUGUGCCCGCUCGUUUGUGGGGGCAUUCUGGUACUCCAACUGUCACGAUGCAAACCCCAAUGGGAUUUAUCGCUGGGGGGCUGAUGACUCGCUGUAUGCGGUUGGAAUGGAAUGGAUCUCCUGGAAGGGCAGAGCCUACUCCCUGAAGGCCAUCAGCAUGAAGAUCCGUCCGGUACAGCCGACCGUCACGCCAUCCAGCUGAACCGCUUGGACUCCUGAACCGCUCGGACUCCUGAACCGCUCGGACUCCUGAACCGCUCGGACUCCUGAACCGCUCGGACUCCUGCACCACUCGGACUCCGGAACCGCUCGGACUGCUGAACCACUCAGACUCCUGAACCGCUCGGACUCCUGAGCCGCUCGGACUCUGUCCCGAUGUGGUCAGACCAUCAGUUUCUGCUGAACUGCAGUGAAGUUGUUCCUCAGCACAGGUCUCCGUCUCUGUGCUGCUCGAUCAAGAACCUUUUCAGAUUGCAUUCUUAGGCUUUGCUGAACUGGAUCAGAACCACCCUGAAUUGUUCCAGUUUGGGUACCUGCCUUUGGGCCCUCUCAGUUCAUCGUUGUCUUUACCUGCUGUUUGAAAAUAAACCGAGUGUUAAAGUCUGGUCCAUCCA